AGUGGUAUGUGCCAAAAACCAUCAGAAUCAGGAGAAAUGCCACUGAUUUUCUAGGGUUUCCGUUGUUUUGGAGAUGGAGUGACAGAGAUACACACAUACAUAUAGAUAGAGACGGUUUUGGCUUAUCGUCACGGUUUAUUAGGUAUUCUUCGCCGUCUCUGCCGCUACAACAACACCAUUUCUGGCGGCGGAACUUGCAGGGGUCUAUCUAUGACGAAGAAAAUCACCUGAUCUCGAUUUUUCCCUUUCUAGAACUCUCUCUCCACAAAUUGGUAUCAUCGCCAUUGCUGAGGUUAGAUGGACUACAGUUUGGAAGAUUCGGAUAUAAGCGAGUCAGAGAUAAGUGACUAUGCAGAGAAACCUUAUGAGCAACUGAGGACUGGAAAAUACAAGGUAAAGAGCACAAAUGGCACCCUUAGGUGUCCCUUCUGCGCUGGAAAGAAGAAACAGGACUACAAAUACAAGGACCUUCUUCAACAUGCUUCAGGAGUGGGUAAAGGUUCCUCUAAUAGAAGUGCAAAACAGAAGGCGAAUCACCUUGCUCUAGCAAGACUUUUGGAAACUGACCUAGCCAAUGAGGUGGAGCAACCACAGCGUGUGAUUAAACCAGAGCCUGUACCUCAAAAUGCUGUGCAGAAUGAUCUGUAUUGUUGGCCUUGGACUGGAGUCAUCAUGAAUAUAAAGAAUGAGCCAAAGAACGGAAAAGAUUUGGGCAGCAGUGAAUAUUGGUUGAGAAAGUUCUCUAAAUAUAAACCUCUAGAGGUUGAGAUUUUUUGGGAUGGCCAGCAGCAAACUGCCCAAGCAAUUGUGAAAUUUGAUAAUGAUUGGACUGGUUUCAAGAAUGCCAUGGAAUUCGAGAAGUCUUUUGAGGCUGAUCACCAUAGUAGAAAGGAAUGGAGUAGUGGGAAAAGUCUUCCAGGUUCAGAUAUUUAUGGAUGGUUUGCUCGUGCUGAUGAUUAUAAUUCAGACGGUCCAGUGGGAAAUUAUCUUCGUAAGAAAGGAGAGUUGAAGACAAUCUCUAAUCUUGUUCAGGAGGCGACUCAGGAUAGAAACAAGAUUGUGGCAAAUCUUGCCAAUGAGAUUGAUAUGAAAAAUGAAAACCUUGAUGAAUUACAGUACAAGUAUAAUGAGAAGACUAUGUCUCUUAGUAGGAUGCUUGAGGAGAAAGACAUGCUACACCAUGCUUUCUAUGAAGAAACCAGGAAGAUGCAGCGGCUCGCACGAGAACAUGUUAGAAGGAUAUUGGAUGAGCAGGAGAUGCUUAAUUAUGAGUUGGAUAACAAGAGGAAAGAGCUUGAUUCUUGGAGUAAAGAGCUGAACAAACGUGAGGCUCUAACUGAACGUGAGAGACAGAAACUUGAUGAGGAGAAGCAAAAGAAUUCUGUGAGAAACAAUUCACUUCAAAUGGCUUCCAUGGAGCAAAAACGGGCUGAUGAAAAUGUCUUGAGGCUGGUUGAAGAGCAAAAGAGGGAAAAGGAGGAAGCUUUAAGUAAAAUACUUGCAUUGGAAAAGCAGCUUGAUGCUAAACAGAAAUUGGAGAUGGAAAUUGAAGAGCUAAAAGGAAAACUGCAGGUGAUGAAACAUCUGGGAGAUGAAGAUGAUGCAGCAGUUCAAAAUAAGAUGAAAGAUAUGACUGAAGAACUGGAGCAGAAAAUUGAUGAAAUGGGUGAUUUGGAAAAUUUAAAUCAAACUCUUAUUGUCAAAGAACGCCAAAGUAAUGAUGAGCUGCAAGAAGCUCGUACAGAAUUGAUUGCGGGCUUGAGCGAUAUGUUGACUAUUGGUCGCAACACCCUAAUUGGGAUAAAGAGAAUGGGAGAAAUAGAUGUGAAGCCUUUUCAGAACACUUGCAAGCUAAAAUUUCCACCUGAAGAAGCACAAAUCAAGGCCUCAGAACAAUGCUCUCUGUGGCAGGAAAGCCUGAAAAAACCAGAAUGGCAUCCAUUUAAAAUACUGUUUGUUGAGGGAAAGCAUCAGGAAGUCAUAGAUGACGAUGAUAAGAUGCUGCGAAAUCUCAGGGAGGAAUGGGGAGAGGACAUAUUUGAGGCAGUCACAACAGCCUUGAAAGAGAUGAACGAAUAUAACCCCAGUGGAAGGUAUGUGGUGUCUGAGCUAUGGAAUUUCAAGGAAAAAAGGAAAGCCACUCUGAAGGAAGUAAUUAGUUACAUUUUGAAGAAUUUGAAGACACUUAAGCGCAAGAGACAAUGAGCUUAAGGUGAUGCAGAAAAAGGUUAGAGGUGAACGUACUGCAAGUUAGAAUGUGGAGCGCACUUAUUUGCAACUGAUGAAACUAGAAUUCAGGACAAGAUUUGUUUAAAACCUUUAUUUCACCACCUGUUGUUCUCUGUAAUGUAGGCAACAAAACAGAACUUGUUAAAACCGGAUGCCAUAUUUGUCAGCAUUUAGAUGGGAUGCGACUAUCUUCUUCGGUGGGGGAAAUUCUGCACGUGUCCUUUUGAAUGCUUGAACAAUAGUAAUUAUUUCCCUAGGAAAUACCAUUUAAAUAUCUGGUUAUCAGAUGUUAGAAUUGCUGCUCUUAUUUGCUUGCUUCUAUAAUGAUGUAUAUACAUAUUGAUGCUCGUAUUAGCUAUUUUAUGUUUGUGCUGAUACGGUACAAACAUAUAUAAAAUGGCUAAAUGGAAAACAGGCUUCGACGUUGAUGUUGACCAAAUGGAGAUGAAAUGGAACAGAGUUGCUGAAGUUGCUUGUUUUUCCA